GCCAACCUCGACUCUUCAUCAGCAACGCUGCACCGCAGCACACGAAGACACUUCCAGAACAACUCACGGCAUUGACACACAUAAUAUCUCCCAGCAUAUAGCAGCAUACUGCAUCGAAUUGCCUGCUAGGAAGCUCACCAGCAUGGCGGACACGCAGGGGGAUGCGGCGGGACAGCUGUCCUCUAGCCAACAGGACGCUCUGCAACAGUAUCUCCAGGUCACGAACCAAGAGAUUGCAGAUGCGAUUCCUCUUCUAGAGAGAUCACAGUGGAAUGUACAGAUUGCGAUUGCCAAGUUCUUUGACGGCGAGGGACCCGACCUAGUAGCCGAGGCACUCGCUGCCGAAAGUGCUCCCCGACCUAUCGCACGACACGAAAAUCUGCAAGAAAGUCUUCUCGCUGCCGAAUUCAGCGGCCGUACACAGCGACGCGAACGAACCGACCCAGCCCCUCGCGUGGUCCCUCAGCAGCCUGUCACUACUAGAACACCCUGGCUUGUUGGCCUGCUUCUGGCACCAUUCGCUUGGGGCUGGACGGCUGCAUCGGCUCUAUUUCGAACAAUAUUAUAUGCGUUGUCGUUUUUGCCGGCGGCGAUUCGACCGCGCCUUGCCACGACUGGGCUCUCUACGGCCAUUGGAAGCGGCACCAGCAGCAAUGGCCGCCGCAUGCUCAUGCCGCGUGACGCAGCUGCGAGGUUCAAGAGAGAAUUUGAGGAAGACUAUGGACCGAACAAUUUGCCAUUUUUCGAAGGCGGUAUCGCACAAGCGCAUGAUUUGGCCAAAAAAGACCUAAAAUUCCUCAUGGUGGUCUUGCUGUCUCAGGAACACGAUGACACCACCUCGUUUGUACGCGAGACCCUUUUAUCGCCAGACGUGGUCAACUUUAUCAAAGAAAACGAAAAGACCAUUGUUCUGUGGGGCGGCAGUGUGGUGGACUCGGAGGCUUAUCAGGUAUCGAUUGAAUACUCUUGCACCAAGUUUCCCUUUACAGCCCUUGUUUGCUUGACUCCCAAGGAGGGCAGUACACGCAUGGGUAUUGUAAAGCGGCUGGUUGGUCCCAUGGCGGCAAAUGACUAUCUUGGUGAGCUCCAAGCUGCCAUGGAAAAGUAUGGUGCAGAUAUGGAUGGCAUCCGCGCAGAGAGAACUGCCCAGGAAUUCGCUAGGAGCAUUCGAGAUCAGCAGGAUUCUGCAUAUGAGCGAUCACUGGCCAAAGACAAGGAGCGCGCUAGAGAGAAGCGAGAAGCUGCUAUUGCAGCAGAAGAGGAAGAAAAACGAAAAAAACAAGAAGCCGAAGAAGCCGAGUUGCUCGAGAAGAAGCGACAGGAGUGGAAGCACUGGCGAGCAACACAGAUCCGUGCUGAGCCAGCAUCAACAGACCGCAGCGCCGUGCGAUUGGCAGUCAAGAUGCCAGAAGCGCUGGGUGCCGAGCGUAUUGUACGAAGAUUCCCUGCCGACGCGCCAAUGGAGGAGCUGUAUGCCUUUGUAGAGUGCUACGAGCUGCUCCGAGAUGGCGGCGCAGAAGAGUUGCUUGCGGCGGGCAAGGAUUGCAAGCCGAAGCCUGCUGGAUACGAGCACAAGUACAUGUUUAGAAUAUCGUCGACGCUGCCUAAAAAGGUAUACGAAUGUAAUGAUACAGACUUGAUGGGCGACAAGAUUGGCAAGUCUAGCAAUCUGAUUGUCGAGGAGGUGCUGGACGACGAGUCAGACUACGAAGAGGAUGAAUAGAUUAGCGAGGAUGGCGUAUAGAUUUCGCUUAGGGGCGCACAACCCAUGUAAAGAAAGUUAAUUGCAUAUACCAUAACACUAUAUUCAUGGCUACCUGUUUUCUAUUA